CACUCCUGGACUCCAGCACCAUGACUCCACUGAAGAUGCUGUUCCUGGUCGCCCUCCUCCUGGGGGCUUCUCUGCAGGUCACCCACGCAGCGCGAGCCACCAACGUGGGCCGGGAGUGCUGUCUGGAGUACUUCAAGGGAGUCAUCCCCCUCAGGAGGCUGAUCAACUGGUACAGGACCUCCCCGGAGUGCCCCAAGGAUGCCAUCGUCUUUAGAACUAUCCUGGGCAGGUCCAUCUGUUCAGACCCCAAGGACACGAAGGUGACGAAGUCAAUCAAAUACUUAGAAAGCAUCAUGAAGUCCCAGGGCCUCAUCACCCAGGAGUCCUGAUUUCCCCUGGACCGUUUGCAGACUUCUGGCCUCAGCGUUCACUGCCCCGACCCCAAGCUGCCUGGGUCCAGUGGAAGCCCUACGAGGACAAAGAGGACCCCUGUCCCCUUUUCUAAACUGGAACCGUGGCCUGAAAAGGCCCAGAUUAA